AUGCUAAGACAUGAGGAUAACCUUUCACGUCAAAUAGAGUACCACCAAUCACUUCGAAAAGCUCGGAGAUAUAAUUUAUUCAACCAGACACAUUGUCCUGAUAAUGUUAUUAUCCUUUCAACGCCAACUAAUGAUCCCAAUAAUAAAGUUGAGGAAUACAACCUCAGUUGUAUUUUUCAGAUAUAUCGAAAGGCCAUGUGCGAUUUAAACAAUACAAAUGAGUGUGCAAUUAUAAACGGUCUCAAAACACUCUCUGAGAUCAUCAGAGAUGGGUCAAUGGCAAAGGAAAUGAUAACCAUAGAAUUGUUUCAAAGACUGUUAUGUGUCACUCUGAACGGAGACUUUCUAGUUCUCGAUGCUGUGCUUGCUUUCUUGAAAAUUGCGUCGACGUUGCCAAGUGGGAGAGUUGGUGCCCUUAUUUUUUCGAGUGGUCUUAUAACCGUAUUGAAGAGACUUAUUCUGAAUGAAUAUGGAAGAGACCGCCAGAUGGUUGCUCUGAAAAUAGUGAGUGAAGUCAUUUACAAUAAAAGUAUGUUGUGCGAACAACUGAUGACUGGCGGGUUCUAUUAUCCUUUCGAGAACGAAAUGAAAACCAUUUUUAUGGAAGGUCAGUGCGACUCUGCAAUUAAACUCUCACUCGUCGAGUUUGUCAUUUCGUUCACAAAUAAUAUGGCAAACACUUUCGCAUUGAUAGCAGGGAGAAUGUUCUUCAUAUUGCGAGACGAACUGCGGAGGAGUAUACCAGAAGUUACAAUGCUUCUUUUAGAAGCUUUAAAAAACACUUCAAUUCAAGAGGAAGUGUCUCAGAGUAUUGAAGAACGUGGGUUGAAGGAUUUUUUAAUACUGUUCCAAACUGGCGACUCGAUUAUUCAACUGAAGGUACUUGAACUCAUCGAUCUGUGGUUUGAAUUGUGUCGAACUGUGCAGUUUCAGGAGUUCAUUGGUAUUGUCGAGUUUCUCUUUAAAAGCGCACAACAAAUAAACUUGAGAGUUCUUCCUCUAGUUCUCAAGUUUAUUUACAAAGUCCUUCUUUUCAAGCCACACACAAUUUUGCAGUUGUUGUUUGAAUAUCAAGAAACAGUCCAAUUCUUCAUUGUGUGUUUUGACGCACCAAAUACCGAAGUCGCUGAAGCCGCUGUCCAACUGAUGUAUUCGUCGUGUUUGACUUUUGGGAAUAAACAGAAUGGUGUUAUCGACAUGUUUAUUAACAAGGGGAUGAUAGAGUCGAUAUCACAAAGUCUUCAAACGUAUAAGAGAAUCAACAACGAAAAGACAAUCAUUUCUAUGUUGAAAACCCUUCUUUUCAUCUUUUCAGUUUGUUGCUUCAAGACCGAUCACAAUAACAGGCAGAUCAGAUAUAACAUCUUUUUGGAGUGUAAUAACCCUAUCAUGUUAUUUGUAAGUACAGGAUGUGAGCAAUAUUUAAAUAACGUGAUAUUUAUGAACGAAGAGGCAAACACAUUGGUCAGCAAGAUACGAGAAAUAGUUCAGAUGGAGGAAUCGAAUUUCAUCGAGUGCAAGAAACUCUAA